AUGGCAGCACACAGCGUAAAGUUCAUUGAGUUCUUUCAUAGGUCACCAGGAGAACAGCAGGAUCACAAAUUGCUUUAUACAUACAGGUAUGACAAAAUUGCUGAGAAAUCCAAACUAGAGAGGUGCGUGGAGCAGGAGUCAUCCUCCCCGUGUUCCUCCCUCUGGGACCUAAAGAGAUUCAUCAUGCCUCUUGGUCACAAGAGCAGACACCAUGGUUGUCAGAAACACCCACAGGCCAAAGAUGACACGCAGGGUGUUGUGACACAGGAAGCAGGAGCACCAGCUGCAGGCACUGCAGCAGCAGUGAAAGCAGCAGCACCAGUACCAAUACUAAUAGUGAAAGUAGCAGUGCCAUCAGGAGCAUCGAAUACAGCAGCCAUUGCUGCAGCUGCAGUUGCAGCAGUAGUAGCAGCACAAGCUCCAGCGAAUGCAGAAGCAUCAGCUGCAGCACCAGCACCAGCAGCAGUGAAAGCAGUGACACCAGCUUCAUUUACAGUGGCAGCAGCGAAAGCAAUGACACCAGCUAAAGCUGCAACAGGAGAACAAAAAAAAGAGGCUUCUUUUACCCAGGGUCCAUGUGGAGCUGUUUCCUGUAGCCCAGCCCUGACACCCAGGAGGAGAUCACCAUCUGCUGGUGCUCUCUCUGCUGAUGGCUCUGUGGUCAGUCCUGACCAAUGUUCCAGUUGUAAGAAUGAAGAGUGCAUUUCUGAAGCCAGUCACUGCACUGGCUAUAUGUCUGAAGGACUUCAGUGCCAAAUUGAGACAUUGGGGUCGUUCAUACUCAAAAAAUUUGAGUUGAAGCAGUCCUUUACUAGGUCAGAAAUGCUGUUGUUGAUCGACAGAAAUUACACAGGUGAAUUUCCUCAGAUUUUCAAGAGUGUCUGUGAGCACCUAGAGGCGGCCUUCGCAGUUGAAGUGAGAGAAGUGGAGCCCACCCAUCACUCCUACAGCGUUUUCAGCAUGCUGAGCCUCCCCAACAAUGGCAGGGUUCACCCUGGCAGGGGCUACCCUAAGUCCGGGCUGCUAAUGAAAAUCCUCGCUCUGAUCCUCAUGAAAGGCCACCGUGCUUCUGAAGCAGAUGUCUGGAAAUUCCUGAAAAAGAUGCACGUGUAUCCCCGCAAGGAGCACAUGUUUUUUGGAAAUGCCAGUAAUCUCCUCACCCACGAUUUUGUGAAACUGAAAUACCUGGAGUACUGGCAGGUGCCCGGCUAUCUUCGUCCACGCCGUGAGUUCCUGUGGGGCCCCCAAGCGCAUGCUGAGAUCAGCAAGGAGAAAAUCAUGAAGUAUUUAAUCAGGAUGAAUAAGAUCUGUCCUACCUACUUCUCAUAUCUUUACGAAGACCUUGGAAGAGUGGAGAUAGAACAAUUCCAAGACUCACUUUCUACCAAGCAUGUCUCUACUGGCUGA